AUGUAUGAAAUAGAAUAUACAAUAGAAAUCUUUGACAAUUACAACAGAUAUUCCUUCAUCACAUUCCUACUGCCAAUAGCGAUUUAUUAAUAGAAUGACAAAGAGACAUUUGUGAAUCGAUACUUUAUGCUGAUCAAGUUGUUGCAUCUCCUCUUGUUGAUGCUCUAUUACAGUUUAAUAGACUUUGACGAUGGUUAGCCUCUGAUCCAGUUUCUGAUAGUGAGUUUGCUCAUCCUAGCCAAAAAUCAUCAUCACGAAGGGGAACCAAAGGUAACUCAAAACAACCUAACGAUGAUUGAGGAAACUUGCAAUCUGAAGACUCAAACCGAAUACGAUAAGAUAACUGAUGCCACUAAUGGAAUAGUGGGUGUAAUUAAAUUAAAUGAAUAAUUUGAAAUAAUUUACUAGAAUAAAAAAUCUUCCUACUUAAUGGAGGAUAAAUCAAUCAACGAAAUAUUAAUGCAAGCCCCCACUCUGAUAGACAAAUAAACCAAGUAGCUACUCCAAGAAUAAUGCAAUAUCAAAUUACAAUCAGUCCAAGAUUUCAGAGAAUCCUUAACAUAAAUUUCCCUGAAAGAACUGCUCGAGAUCAUUAAGACGAACCUCCCUCUUCCACAUUAAUUGGAUGUGUAUGUUCUCCAGGAUUUCGAAAUGUUUUACUUUUAAAUUCUCAUAAACAAAGAGAGUUGUGAUAAAACAACCUAUAAUAUAGUGUUCUAGGAUAUGUCUGAUUAUUCUCAUUACAUCAAGAAGAAACACUCUCAAACAACUAUGAAACAACUAUUCAAGAGUUUCAGUCAUGAGUUGAAUACCUCUUUGAAUUACAUCUUGGCUCUGGCUCAAGUGGCUCAAUGUCAUGAGAAUGUACCUAAGACAGUGUCAGAGAAGUAUUUUCUGCCCAUUUUACAUUGCGGCAGGAUUAUGCAUAGUUUAAUUAGUGACAUAAUGGAUUACAAUCUAAUCUUAAGCAAAUAAUUCAAUGUAGAAGUGAGUAAUUUUAACAUACCAUAAUUAAUAAGUGAGGUUGUCGAUCUAUUCAAAUACUAAGUAAAUCAGAAACAUCUUAAGAUUCAAUUCCAAAACAACCUUUUGAAUUAUGAUUUAGUUAGUGACAGAAAUAGAAUUAGAUAAAUUUUAAUCAAUUUAGUAUCAAAUGCACAAAAAUUCACUUUUUCUGGUUAAAUCAGAAUCCAAGUAGGAGCAGUCGUCAACAAUAAAUAAUUAUGUGUUAUCUUCCAUGUAUUCGAUACAGGCAUUGGAAUGAAACAAGAUGAAGUGGAACGAUUGCAUCAACUCUUGUCUUCAGGCAUACCAUAAUCAGCUAGAAUCUCACAAAAUACAGCUGGAUUUGGAUUGGGAUUAUAUAUUUCCAACAAGAUUGCUGAAGUGCUGAGUCAAACUCGAUAUGAGAAGGGAGGAGGAUUGAGAUUCGAAUCAAAAUAUUAAUCAGGGUUUCAUGCUUGGUUCAUGGCUAGAAAUUAAUCCUACAGUCCUGUCUAUUAAUAAAGCAAUCCUACACCCAUUGUUCGCAUCAGAAAGAAGAUCUAAAUAGAUACCAUGGAAUCGCAAAUAAGCAGAGUCAAUGCAUUACCAAUGAGAUAGAAGUUUUCGUAGAUCCUUGGAAUCAAAGAUUUCAAAUCAGAAAGAGGAUUGAAUAAAGAAUUGUCACUCAAAUUGCGUUAACCACCAUCCAAAAUAGCAAGAGAAUUGUUUCUUGCUGCAAUUUCAUCUGAAAGGAGAAUUGAAUCACUUAGUAUCAAUUAAGAGACAAAUGAUUAAGAAUUUCAGAAUAGAAUCAAACAUUUGAAUGAAAAUUGUACAAAUAAUUAGAAAUGCAAUUGUCCUCAAAUUCUGAUCGUUGAUGAUGAAUAAAUAAAUAUCAUGGCUUUGUCAAUGAUGCUUGAUCAAAUGGGCUACUCAAGUGACUCAGUAUUCAAUGGAGAAGAAUGUGUCAACCUCAUCUUCAGUAAUCAGAAGAAAUCCAAAUGUAAUAAAUGCAGAUCCUAACAAUAUCGUAUGAUCUUCAUGGAUAUCAACAUGCCAAUCUUAGAUGGCAUACAAGCAACAGUCAGAAUCAAAUCCAAAUACUCCAACAUCAUAGUUAUUGCAUGCACUGCCUUCUCGGACACAGAAACUCGAAACAUUUGUUAUAAAAGCGGAAUGAGUUAUCACAUUCAAAAACCAGUCAAAAAAGACUAACUCAUUGAAAUACUAUCUUAUUAUUUAAAUUGA